UCCUCUUCGUAUUUUGCAUCAAUCAAUAGAUAAAUAAGCUCUUCCGAAUACUUUUUAUCAAUAGAAAUUUUAUCAAAAUUUCGUGCUAUUUAUCGAUAGAAUAUUCAUCGAUAAAUUAGUGUUUGAAAAUCACUUUUCAAUAACGAGAAACAAAGCAAUAAAAAAGAAUGAAAGCCUGCUGGGGGAUAACGAUUUUUCUUGCUGUUCUUACGUGCAACGUAAUUGCCAGAAAUACGGAUAACUUGAGUUACGACAGGGAAUAUAGAAGAGGAACCGGCUCGAUGCUGGCUGAGAUAGCCAAAGAACUUGUGCAACGAUCGACGAGCAGUAGUCAGGUGCUGAAUUUGAAUCUAUCGAACCUUCUGUUAUUGCUGGUUCUCAAAGCUGUGGUAUUCGGGGCGAGUUAUAUCGGGAAUCAAGAAAACAGGGGUCGUGAAUUGAACGAAGAAAAUGUUGUCUCCGAAGGCGAAGUGGCUUUGGCACUCGGUUACAUGAUUGGCGACACGUGUCUUUACAGAGCAGCGUGCGAAGUGCCAAAUACUGCGAAAGAAUACCUCGGGGCAGUCGAGAUGAUCGUUCAAACGAUGAAACUCAUACCGCAAUACGCUCAAUUGGACAAAAGCUACGAGAAAACAUUGACAGAUUUCAAAAAGGCAAUAGAUCAUGGAACGAAUAACCAAUGCCCACCCGAAUAUACUUGCAAAAAGGAGAGCAUCAGAAAUUUCCUGCGACCGGAACGAGAAAUAUUAUCAGACGAAAUAUAG